UUCAUGUGGUUUUGCGAAAAAUUUGUUGAUCUAUUCUAGAUCUAGAAUCUAGAUCUAAAUAAUCUAGAUUAAAACUAAAUGUAUGUAGAAAUAAUCUAUGUAUAUAAUUCUCUUCUGGGAGACGCCAGAAAACAAGUUGUAAGCGCGCUCCCUACCUCCCCACCCCUACAUACUAGACUACAUGGUCUGGUAUGAGCAAAAAUGAGCAUGAAUCCAGUACAGCGAAAAGUUUCCUGCACCUAUGUAAUUGGUGUAACUGAUGAAACUUCAACUAAAAGAAACAACCAGACUUAUAAAGUCACUGCAACCAAUGAGCUCAACCCUCAAGCUCUCAUUGACAGAGUUGAAACUGCUUUGUCCACAGAGAAACUUGAUGGAACAUGCUGUUUAAUACAAGAGUUCCAGGGUGUGCCAUGGCUGUGGGCUCGACAUGAUCGUAAGCCGUGCAAGGCAGGGGAGCGAAGAUUUGCACAGUUUCAGAAAUUAAAACAGAUUGCCAAGAAAAAUGGGGAACACAUAAACUCUGUUUUUAAUUGGAAUAUGAAUAAAGAUUUCAAGGAUCCCCCAGUUGACUGGAUUCCUGCUAGCCAGCUGGAGGUUAAAGAUGGGGUCAUAAUGCCAGACAGCAUAGGACACACCCCAGGAUGGAUUCCAGUUCAGCACAACUCCAGGCAGCAUUGUUGGCACCUAUCUGCCAUAGAUCUCAACAAAGGAUUAGCACUUGUCCUGAGAGAGGACAAAGAAAACCCUGAGUAUCUAGUGAUAGAAUCCCAACCUCUAUCAGCCUUGUGUGGCUUAACUUGUGAGCUCAUUGGCACUAAUAUAAAUGGGAAUCCUUACAGUCUAGGCUCCAAAAAGUUCCCCGUCCACCUGCUGGUACCACAUGGCAGUUUCUUGUUGUCCUGUCCAUCACCUGCUGAUUACAGCACCAUGGUUGACUGGUUUAACAGUGAAGGGGCAGAUGCCCAGGUAGAAGGCAUAGUUUGGCACUGUUCAAAUGGAGCAUUGUACAAGCUGCACCGGCAUCAUUUGAAUCUCCCAUGGCCAUUGGCGGAAACAAGACUGGGUCGUAAAAAGGUGAAAGUUCAUGUAGAAGAAGGUGAUCUAAACCAGGAGAAAAACCUUUUCACACAGCUGAGCAAACUGAACGGCCAAGUCCUGAGCUCACUGCUUGACCUUCACAAGAUGUUUGACCCGGCUGCUCUGUCCUAGCAUCCCAUAUCUUAUACUGUUCUUUGUUGGACAGUCAUUUCACAAUUUGCCCAAGUUAAUGUUUUCAUAGUUUGAGAAAACUUUUGAAAUUACCAGUGUUGAAUUAGUAUUGUAAUUUGUUUCUUCGCAAAACAAACAAAUUUAGGAAUGUUUUCUGAUUUUCUCAUGAUUUAAGUUUUUUUUUUUUUGUUACCAUAGGACUACAUUUCAGUUACUAACACAUGACAAUGGCACUUGUGAUUUGACUGUUAUUUUAGGGAGUAGUCUCCCCUGUUGUUGGUGUUGACAUGUAUAUAUUUUGAAGGGAUCUCUUGAUACGUCUAGUAUAAUCUCUACAACUUACAAUUUGUUUUCUCACUGAUACAGUAAAUUACAACUUUGUGUUGUCACAUAUCUCAAGCCCAGCAGUAAAAAAAUAAGUUCAGAUUUCCUGCAGUGGUGCAGUUUUGUUAUACAUAAGGGUGAGCUCAGGGCACACACUAAACUAGUGUAAAUUGUGCACUUCAAAACGGGG